UCGCCAAAUACAUAUUAGUAACAAGGAAAAGACCCCUGCAAAGAGACAUCGGACUUUAGCAAGGAACCGGUACAUCGGUACAACAUUUAUCGUGUCCCGACAUAAGACGCGCAGAGAGCCCACACCUUUUUAGUAGGGCGUCCCGUGCAGCCGUGAUACAUCCGAUUUCUCAAAUCUCUUAACCCACAACUUUCCAAUCCUUUCUUUUUAAUACUUCAGUACACUCAUUUUGUUUCACUCCUAUCCUCAUCAUCAAUUACCAUCAUCACCAUAAUUGACCAUCCCUCUCAAUUCAUCAUUGUUAUGCCUCUUAGUAUUGCACCUUGAAUCUUUCUUUCCUCCAUCAUGUCUUCGUCGCCUGUCAAGAAGAUGGACGGGGCCACGAAAGAAGAGCCUACCCUUCCCCCUGCCUCUGUAUCUGCCUCUUCAUUGAACGGAGUUGGUACGAAGCGUCCUGCACCAUCUCUCUUGCCACCAUUUGAGCCACUUUCCUCGUCGCCAGGCUUUCCGCGUCCAUCAAAGAGACAGGCUCUGGAUAGACCCUUCGACUCCAAUGCCUUUCUCAGGUAUCCCACGCCGAUCCCAACAUCUACUACAGGCAUUCUAUCGUCGUCUCCCCUACGGGCUGAGUUCUCGAGGCCUAUAUUGGCACGCUCGUCCUCGGCAAAUGUACUGGGACGCCUCCCAUCAUCCGUAUUAGAGCGAGCACCCCUUACCACAGUUCCUUCCAUCGAACUUAAGGAGAACGGUGAGACGGUUUUGAUGGGCCGAUCCAGCAACUCGUCUCAUUAUCAAUUGUCAGCCUGCCGCCUAAUCUCUCGGGUCCAUGUCAAAGCCCGAUAUAUCCCAGCUUCGGAACCCGAUGAGUCGAACAAAAUGGAGAUAGUUUGCUGUGGUUGGAAUGGAGUCAAGCUGCACUCUCAAGGCAGAACUUGGAACCUGGUCAAGGGUGAGAUCUUUAUCUCGGAAACCGAGGGUGCUGAGAUAAUGUUAGAUGUGCAAAAGGCAAGAGUCAUGUUGUAUUGGCCUAAGAGAGAUCGUCAUGAUUGCCUUGCAAGUCUAUCUGACGAUGAGUCUCCGCGUUCCAGAGCUCGUCGCGCGAGCGUUGGAUUGGAAGUUCUGCAGUCAAGCCCCCUCCGAAUGCAGACACGUAUCAAGUCACCCGAGUCUCCUAGUCCGGCUGGAAGAUCGUCCAAUCACCUAAAUCGCCAACUCCUGGACAGUGAUGCGAGCGAGGCCGUUGAAAUUUACGAGGAUGUCAGUGGAGACGAACAGGAGCUCCCCAAUCACGGGCCCAAUGCGGAUGUUUCAUUUGCGCAAACUGUGAUUUCGAAUGAUCUGUCGAGUGAGUUGAGUGAUCCCGAAGACGAUGAUCCAGAUGAGGAGAAUGAUUUUGUUGUACACUCCUUUGGUCCUUACGGUGCCAACCUCUCAAAUCGUCUGGCUGCCUUUCAGGCUGAGUCCCCUCAGCAGCCUUCCCGUAAGCAAUCUGGGGUAACAACAACCAAGCCAUCGGCGGAGCCCGAAGAGAAGGUUGGAAGCCAUGUGGACGUGGCCGCCGUUCGAAACCAUGUUGUCAAUCAGCUAGCAUACUCGCGCUUAGCUUCUAACCCUCUCUCCACAAUAAUGAACAACCUGCCCGCCGAGGAGAGAAGUGACUUGACCAAAUCCCAGCUUCGUGGAAUCAUUGAGGCAACUCCAUGUGUCGGAAUUAUCGCUCGUCAGGGAAAGGAUGCCGCCGGCAAGCCACUCGAAAGCGAGUACUACUACGUACCUGAGCACGAUACUGACGAGUCUCGACGACUUGCGGUGACGGAUGGCUUGCGAAAGCCAAGUCUUCGAGCUUGCCGCAAGAGCCACAAGCAAUACUACUGGAAGCGGCCCAAGACGCCUUGAGGCUUAGAGCAGCCGGCUGCCUAUACGCUUGACUGGGCGUUUUGAUCUUGACCAAGAUCAUACGGAAUGACGAGACCUUUUCUCGAUGACGCUUACCCUUCGACGACGAUUACCCUUCGACGAUUUUUACCCUUCUACGAUAUAUUGAUUCUGGUUCGUGCAGCCGCAUUAGCACAGUCGAUGAUUUUUAAUGCAUAGCUGAGGGCGUUUGACGAUUUGUUUGCUUUCUGUUUUUUUUGUUUUUUUUUCAAUGGCGUUUAGGAUGCCUGGAUGAUAUCCCGUUACAGUCUCGAAGUGGCAUGAACAGGACGGGAGAGGCGAGGUUCGUGAGCCGCACCCGGGUACCUCACUAUUCCGUUAUCCAGAAGCCUCAUGUAUGAUGGUCGGCAUUGGAGGGUUGGAGG